AUGUACUCGAAUCUUCAGGAUCAUUUUUCUAUUUGCUAUAUAGGAACCUGGUCACACUUGGUUACUUUCACAUCUCGAUUUCCUUCCAUCUCAGCGACCAUGUCAUCGGAUUCGGAGGGGGAAUUUCAACUCCUCAUGAAUGUCUACGGUGAUGUUCUAAAAUGGUUGUUCAGUCUUGCUGGCUUAGAAAAACAUCCAGCUGCUGGAUUUGAUGAAGCUGAAAUCAAUAAAGAUGUGCUGGAAGCCUGCAAGUGCAUGAUUCUUUCGGAUGAACAGCUUCGAGGUGUGAUGGCAGCAUUACAUGAUGGAAUGGAGAAGGGUCUCAGGAAGGGGACACCACCUGGUAUCGGCCUUGAUAUGAUUCCUUCGCACGUUCGUGCUAUUCCUAACGGCACAGAAUAUGGAGAUUAUCUGGCGUUGGAUCUUGGUGGCACGAAUUUCCGCGUUCUCCUAAUCCGCCUGAGAGGAACCGAAGCCGAAAUGAAAGCGAGAACCUUUGAACUUCCAACUUCUGUGCAGCGCGGAACUGGUGAAGCGCUCUUCGAUCAUAUUGCUAAAUGUAUUGCUGUCUUCACAAAGGAGGAGUUCGGAAAAGAGAAGAAGAAGCUCGCGUUAGGAUUUACUUUCUCAUUUCCAACAAAACUCGAUGGCCUUGCAAAGGGAAUAUUGAUCCGCUGGACAAAAGGAUUCUGUGCUAGUGGCGUUGUAGGAAAGGAUGUUGUUCGUUUGCUUAGAAGAGCAUGUAAAAAGAUUCCGGAAAUUGAUGUCGAUGUUGUCGCAAUCCUUAACGAUACUGUUGGAACACUUAUGGCAUGCGCUUUUAGCGAUAAGAACUGCCAGAUGGGUGUCAUCCUUGGAACAGGAACUAAUGCCUGUUACAUGGAAAAACUUAAAAACGUCCAUAAAAUGAAGGGAGAAUGGGAAAACGAUGGACUCCCGGACGAAAUAAUUAUCGACAUAGAAUGGGGAGGUUUCGGUGACGAUGGGUGUCUAUCUUUCGUGCAAACAGAAUAUGACAAAGAGAUCGAUGAGAAAAGCCUUAAUCCAAAGCGACAAUUAUUCGAAAAAAUGAUCUCUGGAAUGUAUAUGGGUGAACUGGUUCGAAUUAUCUUAGCUUCUCUAGCAAAGAAAGGUGUGGUGUUCGGUGGAGACAGUACAGCGAUCUCGAAACGAGAAUGUUUCACAACAAAACAUGUUUCUGAAGUUGAAACUGAAAUAGAAGAAGGAGGAAAGUCCAAAUCUUUCCCGAAAACACGUGAAAUCCUCAACCAGAUCGGUGUGAAGAACAUCAGCAAUAAUGAUUGCUUGCACGUCGCAUACGUGUGCAGCGUAGUUAGUACAAGAGCAGCGUACCUCUCAGCUGCAGCCUUUUCGCAGGUGUUAAAUCGUAUGAAACGUCCUUACAAAGUCACCGUCGGUGUUGAUGGAUCUGUAUAUCGUUUCCAUCCCACUUUCAAACGACUUUUAGAUCAAAAGAUACGCGAUCUGAUCGACAAAGAGAUUCAAUUUCAAAUCAAACUGUCAGUGGACGGUAGUGGUGUUGGUGCAGCUGUAGUGGCAGCUGUUGCAAAUCGUAUCAAGAGGGAGAUGACUAGCAGAUCCGAGAAAACCAACUGA